UUCGUGGAUAUCGUGGUCCUUAUCAGCCAAUCCAACACGUGGGCUUAAUCUUUCCUUUCCCAUUACUUUCGAUCUGUUUCUGUCCAAACGUCAGCACAUUGUUAGUGUGAUGAACUACCUCUUCAUUUUCCCUCUUCUAGGUCUGGCCCUUGGGCAGGGCUCUCCCACCGCCCUGGGCAACCUCGUGGACACCCUGAAGACCAGUUCACUACAGAGUAUCCUGGUGGACCUUAUUGACGCAGCCGGUCUGACCGAGGCUCUCUCCCAGGGAGGUCCUUUCACCAUCUUUGCCCCAGACAAUCACGCCUUCAAUUUGCUUGGCAAUGAUACCCUCAAUAAUUUGAAAGCGGACACUGACAAGCUGGCGGAUAUUUUGAAAUACCACGUAGUCAGCGGACAGUACAAAGUUAAUCCCGACCUAUAUGUGAACGAGUUAAUGUUGGACAGUCUUAAGGGAGACAAGCUACGUGUCAACUAUUACUAUGCAGCACGACACGCACUCACCGUCGAGGGAGCACGUAUUACCUAUCCCGACAAGAUGGCGUCCAAUGGGGUUAUCCAUCGUAUCGAAAAGGUUUUAAUGCCACCUGUUGGAAAUAUUGUGGAGGUCCUUUCUCAAGAUGGCUCCUUCAACACUCUCAUCGCUGCUGCCAAGGCAGCUGGACUAGUUACUGCCCUCACUGAUGGACCAAUCACUCUGUUGGCACCAACUGAUGCUGCUUUCAAUAGACUUGGCAACGACACUGUAAACAAACUUCUACAGAACCCUGCACUUUUAGGAGAUGUUCUAAAAUACCACAUUCUACACGGUACUCUGUACUCUAAAGGAAUGCACAGUGGUUCUUUCCAUACUUUAGAAGAGGCCGACAGAGUCAGGAUUUAUCAAUCAUUCUUCGGAAGUGUACUGGUAGAUGGACACCGCGUGCAUCAGGCCGACAUCAGCGCUACCAACGGCGUCGUCCACAAACUUGAUUACGUACUCGUACCAUCUUCCCUCAGUACUCAAAUAAAAAAUCUGUAAAAUUUAAUUUAUUAAAUUUUAUAUCCUUU